AUGCUCCUGCACUGGCUCCCCCUCAUCCUCUGCCUGCGCAUCUCCACUUGCAUUUCCAUGCCAAAGAAACAUGGCUUUAUAAGCACCUUGAGCCAUACCAGGGGAGCUUCUCCUCAGAACAAAGUGAAAAAAACAAGAGGGGUUAUCUUCUCUCAGAUUGAAAUAAAGAUGCCUGCCCUGUCAAGUACCAUGACAUCGGGAAAAAUCGUCAAGUGGAAUAAACACAUUGGGGAGUAUGUCAAUCUCGGUGACAUCAUCAUGACGGUCGAAAGUGACAAGGCAGACAUGGACGUGGAGGCCUUCGACGAGGGCUUCCUCCGCGUGAAGCACAUGGGAGACGGAAGUGAAGCGAAGGUCGGGGACACCCUUGGCAUUCUAACCACGGAAAAAGACGAACAAAUAGAAGCUCGUAGUGACGACUCCCCCCCAGGAGCAACCGGGGAGAGCUCGCAACGAGGAUACAUAGAACGCGUGGCGAAGGAAAACAGCGUCAUACACACAGAAGACACCACAAAGAUAGAGAAAGAGACGGGGAAAAACUCAAUCCACAUACAGACUGCACAGCAACAAACAAGUGACGAAGCCGCUGACCAAACAGGUGAGCACAAAAUAUUCGUGCCCUUCGUAAGUAACAAGAAGAACAGAGCGAGAAUAAGUAAAUGGACCCGCAAAGAAAAUGAAUAUAUCCACAAGGACGAAAUCCUUUUCCAUGUUGAAGACGACAAGAGCACCAUCGAAGUGGAGAGUCCCUGUCACGGCAUCGUUAAAAAGAUUUUCAUCGAAGAAGGACAGUUCGCCGAUUUGGACAAACCGGUUGCCAUCAUCUCUCCCAAAAAGGCAGGACAUCCCCCACAGGGACAGCAGACACCGGACGUCCAACUCGUAAACGAAGAAAACAUUUUGAGGCACUACAAGAAGGCCCUCAGCGGCACCCAGGAAGGAGAACUUCUGCUGCAAAACCUGAGCGCCUCCGACAAGAGAACAAUGGAAGAGCGGCUCCUUCUAAACUGCGACAAGUACAACAACCUUUCGGGGGACUUCUUCAGUUCGCGUGGCGAUGGUACACCUGGGAAAGGCUCAACAGAUCAGAAGCGGGACACGCCGCCCCCCAAAGGGAGAGACGUCCCAAUUGUGCUGCCCUCCGCAGCCGACCUGAUGGAGCAGAACAAGCUAACCCCAGCCGACAUUAAACGACCCAAAGUACCUGGACGUAUAACGUACCAAGAUGUCGUUUCACACCUAGAACGCAGAAGAGAAGAUACCCCCCCGAAGGAAAAAAUAAUUGAAUUAACCAACAUGCAGAAAGCAAUCAAAAACAACAUGAUGCGCACACUAUCCAUUCCAGUGUUCCGCAUCACUCAUUUUAUAAAAACAGACGCUCUCCUAAAACUGUAUGAGCAAGUUAAAGACAAAAUUAACAUGACUGUCCUCCUCUGCAAGUCCGUGUCGAAUGUGUUACUCAAGCAUCCCAUCAUAUACUCAACCUUCAUCGAUGAGGGGGAAGGGAAAAUAUUACUUAACGAACACGUUCACAUUGGCAACGCCCUGGGAUUGAAGAACACCCUGCUGACGCCAGUGCUCAAGCGGGUUAACAAGACGGACAUAUAUACCCUGGCCGGCGAGUGGAAGAAGCUAGUCGAGAAAGGGAAACAAGGCCUGCUAACGCCCGGCGAAAUGACGGGAAGCAACUUCUACAUCUCCAACUUGGGCAUGUUCAACACCUAUCAGUUCGACGCGACUCUGCCCCCGAAGGUGUCGUGCAUCCUGUCCGUCGGGACCAACAUUGGGAGCGUUGAGUACUCCGAACACCUUAAGAUUCAGCGGGGCAUGAUGAUGACCCUAACCUGCGACCACCGCCACAUUUACGGCUCCCAUGCAGCUGCUUUUAUGAGCGACUUGGCCGCGUUCAUCGAGGAGGACAUCAUGCAGGUGUUUCUCUAG